AUGGCCAUGGCAACGUCCAGGGCCCAGAACCCUGAAGAGUGGACAUGGCACUCAGAGGAGGGAGAGCUGGGAUCCGGUUCCGGGCGCAGUGCUGAGUCUCCCCUAUUUGCGGUGGUGGAGCAGUUCAGCCGGAGAACCCUGGAGUUUUCGAAGGGCGUGGGGAGAGCUGGAGGCUGGAACCACCCCCCCCACCCCUUAUUCCUUGGACCUCUCGGGCCCUGGACAGAACACAAGGUUAUCAUCGUGGGACUGGACAAUGCAGGAAAGACCACCAUUCUCUACCAGUUCCUGACCAAUGAAGUGGUCCAUACGUGUCUCACCAUCAGCAGCAAGGUGGAGGAGAUCAUUCCACGGAAGACCCACUUCCUCAUGUGGGACCUAGUGGGGCAGGAGGCUCUGCACUCCACCUGGAUCACAUAUUACUCCAACACCGAGUUCAGCAUCUUUGUGAUUGACAGCACGGACCGGAAUUGGCUGCUGACUGCUUGGGCAGAGUUAUAUAAAAUGCUGGCCCAUAAGCGGCUGCUAUGGACAGUGAGAUUGACACCAUCCUCCCAACUCGUUGCUGAGAAGCUGAACUGCAUACCCUGGAUUCCUGCAGAUAGCACAGCAGAAUAAGCUGCCCCUCACGCCAUGGCCUCAGGCAUCCUUUUUGGAGACAUCAGGGAAAUGCCAUUGCAGAAUUAGUAAGUGGAACCCUCUCCUCUCCUCAGCCCUCAGCGUCUCUAUAGGAAAAAUAUGUGUGUGUUAGGAGGCAGAUUAAGAG